AUGUCAGAUCCACAAUUCAUAUUUAAAACUAUAUUGUCUGCACAAGAUGUACUAGUAAGUGGUAGACGUAAAUCUAUCCCAAUUGUAGUUUUACUCUAUGGAUUAUGUAUUUUUACUGUACUCCCAUUACUUUUUAAAUAUGUAAUAAUUCCACCCGUUGUGAUAGUCAAUCAUCUACUUGGAUACUUGGUACCCAUACUAUCUUUUUUAAUCGUAUUGGGUGCUAAUUGUUUCGCCCUUUACAUCAUUGCUUCAUAUCAACGAUUUCGACCAGCCAUACCAUUCAUUUUACUUUGUUUCUUUAAAACUUUUGCCAUUUCAUCUAUUGUUUCAUACAUCAUUACCGCACUGCUACCAGCUAUUUUGUUAACCUUUUUAUGUAGUUGUCUUGUUUUACUAGACCAUCCAUUCAAAAAAUACUUUUCACCAAAGGUUGCUGGUGGUUUGGACUCGGAUUAUUUCAAGCAUUAUGCAGAUACGAUCGAUCCCUUACAAAAACCAAAGAUUAUUGUGGUGAUGGAAGCUGGUCCAAGAUCAAUUCUUCUCUUUUGGAUGUAUAAACAAUUAAAAGAACAUUUACAAAGACACAAUAAUCUCAAGAUUGAUAUGGUCGUUGCUACAUCGGUUGGUGGAACGAUACCCAUUUUAGAUUUAGUUGGUCAUUGCUAUGAAAAGAAUAUAAUACAUAUCUCACAGAACCUAGGUCCACUGUUUGGUAUGUGGAAUACAAGAAAAUACUCAAAUAUAAACGAACCAUUCAACCUAGACACAUCACCAAUACCCGAGAAUAUUUUGGAUCGAUCUUUACCAGGCCAACAAUCAAAAAUCAAAGUUGCUAUAGUAGCAGCUACAAAAGACAAAAGAGAUAAAAUAAUCAGACCAUUUCUUUUCAAAAAUUAUCAUGAACAACCAAUGUCUGACGAUGGGAAGACCCCAUUGAUUCAAGGUACCCACUCAUCAAUGAGGUUUGCAUUGGAGGCAUGUUGGUCGAUUCCAAGCUACAGGAAACCAAUCUUGGCUAUCAAUGGAUCAGACAUUAUCGAAGGUUCAAUCAUCGCUGCCAAUCCUUUGGAAAUAGCAUUGCAUGAAGCAAAGUUAAUGUUUCCAAAUAAUCCACUCUACAUUUAUUCACUUGGCACUGGAAGAAAACCACCACACGAAAAAAAUGCACUAGAGACAUACUCUGACUCUGUUGAAGGUCCACAAGAGAUGAAUGGAACCAUUGAUGAUUUAUAUAGAUUAAUCAUGGUACCACAUCUAAGGUUUCAAGCUUGGAUCAAUAGAGUUGGAGCUGGAAAGAUUAAAUACCAUAGAAUUGAACCAGACCUACCAGAUAUUGCAUUAGAUGAUCCAGAAUUACAAGUUAAAAUGUAUCAAUCAAGAAUUCAAAUGUCUAUUACUGUUGCAAUGUCAAUGAUACCUGUACCAUUCAUUUAUGAUUAA